CGGCGCGCGCUGCGGGGCCCGUUUCUCGGCGUUUACGCGACAAAGGUCGUUUUUCCGUGCUUUAUUUACCCGGGAGGCGGCUCGUCGGUCAUGUGGAAUGUUUACUUGAGGCCGGUUUAUUGGAAGUCUCUUCGUGGAAUUGUUCUGCGUGAGCAAACGAAGUGGUCGAUUUUUGUGGGUUAGUUUAUCUGUUACCGCACCCGGCUGCCCGGACGAGCGAUCCAGGGUGGCUUUGGCUACAUGAAAUAGGCUCUAAAAUGACAGUUUUUAAUAUAUCCAGAACGGAGUUUUAUAAAUCAGAAGCAAUUUUUCUACAAACGACUAAAAGCAAUCGCAAAUGGUAAAUGGAUUGAGCAUUAAACAUGAACUUGAACUGGUUCGCACACAUUAUCGUCCAUCAUCCAUUUAUUAUUAUAUCAGCAGUGGCUGUUUUCUCUGGUACAUGCCUCGUGAUACCUUUUACACUCAAAACAAAACCCUUUCGAGAUUUUUCUGACCCUAAAAUGGGCUUUACUACCAGAGGAACGACUAUAUCAAACCGAUUGACUGCAUGGAAAAACUUAGAUGAAUCAACUAAACCUUCAGGACAAUUUGCCAUUAACCCCAACGAUAUUUUGAUAAGACGAAAUCUAACGUUUUUUAAACCUAAAAUUAAGAAAAUUGGAAAAAAGAAGAAAAACGAACCAAAAAAAGAUUUUUCUAAAGUAUAUAUAAAUGAAGCAAGUAAUAAUCGCUCUGACAAUAGUUACGAGAAUAAUAACUGGACAGCUUUAAAAAACAUGUUGCUACCAAAACACGCUGAAAGUUUCGCCAGAAAAGCAUUUGAACCUGAUGGAUUUCUCUGUGGUCAUCCUGAUGAACAAUAUGCUCAUAUAGUUUUAAAAUCGAAAAAUAGCGAGGACUUGUUCAAUUUAAAGUCUUUGCUGGCUCUGUGUCGUAUAGAGCACGAAUUUAUAGAGGCACACUCUUACAAAGAUUUGUGUGUAACUAAUAAGGAUUACCAUAAGAAGUGUUGUAAACCAUGGUCUGUAGCAAAUUAUAUAGCAAUUUUACACAAUAGAACAUCGUGUUUAGCAAUUACGGAAGAAGAUAUUAACUCAACAAAAUCGUUACUGAUAAAUUGUUCGCAAUAUUUUCAUAAAUUGAAACUUUCGCCAAACUGCGUUGACAAAGGUUACUGUGAUGCACCUUCAGAAUGUAUUCGACACGACGCUGUUUUCAAUGUACUUAAUUUUUUAACUAGUACAACGUUUCUACCACCUAAUAAUACUAUCGAGGGUACAACGUUACAAGAAACAAUGAUAUUCCUACCACUAGCAUGUAGUACAGCAAUGUUACCUUAUUAUCACGAAAUCAUUAAAAUGGACUUAGAAUAUGAAGGCAUAUCAGUUGUAGCAAUGGAAUUUGGGAUAAAAGAUGUUUUAUUUGACGAGUGCCUGUUGCGGGACGCUUGGUUCAUGAGUUCCGGGGCUCUCUUUGUCUUACUAUGUAUGUGGCUAUAUACGGAAUCAUUGUUCCUGACUAUCAUGACAAUAAUCGCAAUCAUAUUCUCACUGGGGAUUUCGUAUUUUAUGUACAUGCUCGUUUUUGAGCUAAGUUUCUUUCCAUUCAUGAAUUUACUCGCCGUGAUUGUCGCCAUUGGUAUUGGCGCAGACGACGCUUUCAUAUUUUGUAAAAUUUGGCAAACCGUUAAAGAAGAAAAAAAUAGUUCCAUUGUCAAAUUAAUGGGUGAUACUUUCCAUCAUGCGUUUAUUUCUAUGUUUGUUACAUCUUUGACCACCGCUGCAGCUUUUUUAGCGUCAUACGCAAGUUCAGUUACAGCCAUUUGUUGUUUUAGCAUUUUCUCCGGAACCGCCGUAAUCACAAACUUUUUCAUGAUGGUGACCUGGUUUCCCGCAUGCGUUGUGAUAUGGGAACGCUCAUGUUGUUCAAAUGUUAAUUUGGCAAAAAGUUGUUUAAUGGCAUGUUUACAACGUUGGUGUUGUUCAAAAUUAAUAAAACCGACGUGGAACUUGUCAACAACAUGGCCGAAAUGCUCAUUUUUUGCAAAAAUAUGGAGCUCCAAAGAGCGUUUCUUGUUAGAAAGUGUUGUCAAUUUCAGAUAUGUAUGGUUGAUCGUAUUGUCCUUAAUAGCUUUAAUAAGUACGAUCAUAGUCUUGUACUAUCCAAAGUUUCAACUACCAGAUUCCUCCGCAUUUCAAUUGUUUGACAGUUCGCACCCGUUCGAGCAGUACGACUUUAAGUAUAAGAAUCACUUUUGGUUCAAGCGUGAAGAACGGAACAAUUUGGAGACGGGUGUAAACUUCAAGCUUCCUUUAAGGUUCGUGUGGGGCGUGCUUCCUGUGGACAACGGCGAUCAUUUGAAUCCUGAGAGCUUGGGUAAACUGGUACUGGACCCGGAAUUUGAUAUAUCGCAACCCGAGUCGCAGGAGUGGCUGUUGAAAUUUUGUCGCCACCUCCACCGUCAGCCGUUUUUCCAACCGACGUUUGGUCCGCUUCUUCCUAACUGUUUCAUUGAAACGUUCAUGAAGUCGAUGCAGAGGGACUGCGUUGAUGCGUUCUCGUCGAGAGAUCACUCGCCGUGUUGCAGAACGUCCAAGUUCCCGUAUAACAGCAGCGUUUUUUACGAAUGCAUCGUCGAAGAAAUGGCCCAAAUUUACGAGACACCUGAUCAGUAUUUGAUACCUGGAAUGGCCGGUCCUAAAUUUUCUAAAGACCAAUUUCCGACAAUAAAAGCUGUUAUCGUAGAGUAUGAUAGUAGUUAUAGUUAUUCAAUGUCUUAUGAAUAUAUGCAUGAUUUUUUCACGAAAGUGGAGAAUUGGAUGGUCGAGGAAAUGAAGAGCGCUCCGAAAACCAUGCAGAACGGAUGGUUUAUUAGCGAGUUGGAGUUCUAUGACCUGCAGAGAGAAUUAUCGGAAAAUACUAUAUUAGCAAUUAUAGUGUCAAUGGGAUUAGCUUUAAUAGUCUUGCUUCUAUCAACAUUGAAUAUUUUGACAAGUUUAUAUGCGAUUUUAACUAUAACAUGCAGUAUUUUUGUAACUGUUGCUGUAUUAGUUUUGUUAGGAUGGAAGUUGAACAUUUUGGAGUCUAUAACUGUGUCUACAGCUAUAGGUCUUACUGUAGAUUUUAGUUUACAUUACACUGUGAAUUAUAGAUUAUGUCCGCACGCAAUGGCGGACGAGCGUAUAGCUGCUACAAAGUACGCAUUAUCCUAUAUGGCAGGACCUGUAUUGAUGGCAGCUUUAACCACCGGCGCCGCCGGAGUUUUCAUGAUGCCCUCAUUAAUCUUGCCGUACAUACAGAUUGGAAAAUUCCUUGUAACUGUAAUGAGUGUUAGUUGGAUAUAUGCCACAUUCCAUCUGGGAGCCAUGUUGGCCAUUAUUGGACCCCAGAAUCAAUUCGGCCAAUUCCACUAUUCCAAGCUUAGUUGUUGUCCUUCCAGUAAAUCAAAGACGUCCUCUAGCGAGAGAAAUCGUCCUGUUAACUCCUCUCUCUCAGACACUCACGAAUUAGAUUCGUUAACUUGCAAGAGUGGAGUUCGGCCUAUCCCUAGGGCUCUACAAAGAUCCUUAAGUAGUGGCGGUGCUGGCAAAAAUAACCAAAACAGAUAUGUUUUUACAGAUCAAUCACCUUCUGCUACCAGCGCCAUUACUAUCAUCAUGGCCGAUGACAAUUAAAUGUAACAUUAGGACUAAAUGUUCUGUGAUAUACUCUGUAUUUCUUUUUUAUUUUUAUUUGGAUUUAUUACAUAAAUGCUCUUUCAACAACUAUCAUUUACCUUUGUUCAAAUGGCAUUUAAGUAACAAAUAUAUACAUAUAUAGAGACUUUA